AUGUUUCGUACAGUUCCGUGUAAAGCUGCCAUACAUAUUCUGAUAGCUUCUCUAGCCUUCGCAUUUGUCGCAACACAACUUCUUAGAGGCAGCACACAAGUCCCAAUGGAAGAUACUCCAAGUCCAUUUCAAAGCGAUAGCGGCAAUAUGCCGGAUAUGGAGACGAUUCGUUCCAUCGUUGAAACCCAUCGGCCUGAUCUCAAUGUCUACGCGAAAUUUUACCGUAAUAUUCACCAAGACCCCGAAAUCUCAGGCAUGGAGACAAAUACCGCCCGCGUGGUAGCUCAGCAUCUUACCACGAUGGGGUAUGAGGUUCACACUGGUAUCGGUGGUCAUGGUGUGGUAGAAGUCCUCCGUAAUGGAGCAGGUAAAAAGGUCCUCAUGAGAGCUGAAUUGGACGCUCUACCCAUUCAAGAACAAACAGAUCUACCCUAUCGGAGCGAGAAGCGUAUGAUUGAUCGAUACAACAACGAAAGGCCCGUCAUGCAUGCAUGUGGCCAUGAUAUGAAUAUGGCAACGCUUCUGGCGGCUGCUAAGCUCCUUUCCUCCUCAAUCAAGCUGUGGAAUGGAACUAUACUCAUUCUCUUUCAGCCCGAUGAAGAGGAGACCGGCGGGGCAAAAGCAAUGGUUGAAGAUGGCCUUUACGAACGCGUUCCUGUUCCGGACCUCAUGCUGGGCCAACACAUUGUGCCCUCUAUUGCCGGUACAGUUUCGAUACGCUCAGGACCAGUUUUGGUUGCUGCUGAUUCUGUUCGCGUCCGCGUCAUUGGUGGACCCUGCGAGGGCAGCAUUAAUCCACAGCUAUGCGUCGAUCCCAUUCCACUGAGCAUGCGCAUAAUCCAGGGCCUUGAGGAUAAAGUCAAAAAUGAGGUCGGCAGACAAGAAGACGUUACCGUGGCGUGUUGGGGAUUUCAUGCUGGAGAACCUGGAGGCGACUAUGUGGCCCAUGCCGAUAUCCUGCUUGACGUAAAGACGGUCAAGCCUAGCAUCCGUCGACAAGCCCUUGACAUAAUUGAGAGGCAAUUUCGUCAUGAGUGCAACUCCGAAGGCGUGCCUACAGAUCCUGUCUUCAACUGCACUGUUCGGGCCCCUCUGACCUCGAAUGACGAAGCCAUCGUUGCCCCUAUUUCUAAAGUCUUCAAAAACUACUUUGGCCCCAAUGUUGGAGAGAUGGCAUUUACCCGUGCCUGCGAGGAUUUUUCAACCCUCGGGGCUGCGUACAAGAUCCCAUAUGCGUACUGGAAUUAUGGAGGCACUCCCAUUGGAACCAAGAAACCUUUUGCGACCAACCAUUCGCCUUUCUUCGCCCCUGCGAUACAGCCAACACUGAAGACUGGAACUGAUGCAAUGGCACUCGCUGCUUUGGCCUUUCUAGUAUCUCAUUAG